GUAUUUACCUGGAGGGUUCUUUUUCUAAAAUGAUUUUCCAGUCGAGAAUUAUUAAAUAUUAAAGAUUUCUCGCAAAAAUGAUUCUUGUGACAGUUGAAGAUCCUCUGCCCUUAGUCAGGCUCACGACGAAGAAGGAACUGGAUGCCUGAAAAAGUCAAAUUUAGCUCCAUCUCUCUAAUUUAUUGAUCUUUUUUGUAUGAGUCACCAAAGAAAAAAAUCUCAAAUUUUCAAACUCCUGUCUUAGAUACCACACUGUAGAUAGGUGUAGGUAAUCAAAUUUAUAUCAAAAUGUGUAUGUAGCAUUGUAGACAUGUAUCUCUCUUUUACUUAGUUCCUAGUAAAUACAAAUUCCCACAGCAAUAGCAAUUUAGCAGACAUGUUGUCCCUGUGCUCAGGUAUUGACUUUCUUGAGGAAUCCCAAAAAUAAUGCCAGCAGUUUAACCACCCCCGGAAGGGUGGAAUAACAAAAAGCGCACGGUCGCCAUGUGGCAACCGCAUAAACAAGCCCUAUUCGGUACCGCCUGCAAGCAGAGAUUGCUCCAGAUAUCAUUCCUGUGCUGUCUGUUGGUCGAAGCUAGUCGUGUAAUAAUACUCUUCUAUCCAACCGGAUAACUUAGCGUUUGACACUAAUUUGGUGUAUCGGAUCGGUGUCAUCAUGGCGUUAGCAGAUAGUAGGCAUUGACUUGGAGACUUUGGUGUAAAAGUGUCUACUGCGUGACGACGGGCGUUCAAAUGUGAUUCGUUGCGAAAUUAAGUGGGGUUUAAGUGUUGAAUGAUUUUGCAAGAAGUUGGGCGGUUUAUCAAGUGCCCGUGGUAUACGCAAACCAAUCCGUUCGUAUAGAGGAUAACAGCCAGAAAGACAAGCUAUGCUCUCACCAGCCAGUUUGGAUGAGAUCAAGGAACGAAUCAGCAAAAAUCAAGAAAAAAUCCACGUGCUGCAGGCAAUCAACAACGUUCUCAAGGAGCGCCAUGAGAUCGAGUCAAACUACAAAAAUUUAGCUCUGAAAUUUCGAGACAUGCAGGAAGAGGAGGCCCACCGGAGGGCGAAGUUUGAUGAAGCCCGUAAAAAGCAGCUGGCGGAGCUGCAAGCCAAGGGCGAGGCCCUCUGCCGGGAGAAGGCUAAACUGCAGCACCAAAUCGAACAUGUGACGUGGCAUCUGGAGGGAUGUCGUCGACAGAGACCCUGUCUGGCUCGGCUGCCGGAGAAUUGUCCCCUCAAGGGGGAGGGAGCCCCAAGCUGUCUACCCCAUUCGCCUGAGAAAUUGAAAAUCAUGGCAAACAUGAAAACCACGGCAGACCACUUGGUGCGAGGCAUUAUGGAUCUGCGGAAGAAGAUCCACAUCGUUCAGGAUAAAUUGGAGAUGGAGGUUGCGCGCAAGAAGGACAUGGAGAAGAAGUUGGCCGAAUUGCGGAAGCAAAUCUGCCAGCACAACAAGUGCAUGCAGCAGCAACCGAGUCACGUGCGGGAGCACGCUCAUCAUCAUGCCCAUCAUCAUCAUCAUCACCAUCACCAACAACAGGGUGGCGGACAGGCAGGCGGAGGAGGAGGAGGAAUCACUUCGCUCCCGCCGAUCAAAAAUUGUGUGGCAGCGAAAUAGCAUCGAGCAGCCUCGGAAAGUGUGAAGGGACAUGGAACUGGAAGUCGACGACAUCCUCGUGGCAAGACCGGUGGCCAGUGUCCCCACGGGAAUUACGUCAAACUUCCGAGGCCCUGUCCUGCCGGUGGCUCACCAUAAAUCGCUUGUUCGCUUUGGUGGCCGAUUUUUGUUGCGAUUGCCGUUGAAAAAGUUUUCGGUUCUGCUGCUAUAGAUUCUAUUUCAACGUUGUGUUCUGCAUCAAAUGCAAAUAGUUUAAACGCUGGAAGUUUAUUUGAUUAUAUAUUCUAGUAUUCGGCUUGAAACCGUAGAACACCGGAGCUACUGUUAAUUAAUGCUGAGUAAUAGUUUAUGUCAUGUGUCGCAGUGAUUAUUGGGAGCAUGAACGUUUAAUCCGUAAAUAAGAUAACACUAUCGAGUAGUUCCGAGUAGUUCCGAGUAUGAUCGAGUACUCGGGAUAAACACCGAUAAAAUUGCAGUAACUGUAUAAAAAUAGUGCAAGUAACAAUUGAUUUAGUCAUAGCAUUUACUAUUGAUCAUCUCGCAAACGUUUUGUU